AUGAGAGUGAGCGAGAUGAGAUGUGUGAAGCCCUAUAACUUAAUUUCCUCUUUAGGUCCUGUGAGAAUAUCAGAGAGUGAGCGAGAUGAGAUGUGUGAAGCCCUAGAACUUGAUUUCCUCUUUAGAUCCUGUGAGAAUCUGAUAUUCUUCUUUGUGAUUGAGAGCCCGAGACUUCUUUUUCUUCUUUGUUGCUGUCCGGGCACGGUUUGCAGCACUACGGGUCCAUUAGUUGUUGUCCGGGACUACCAGGAGCUGUUCGGGCUCUACCGAAAACUGUCCGAGACCUACCAACUGCUGCCAGAGCCUAUAGGGAGCUGUCGGGACCUGUUGGGAGUUGUCGGGACCUGCUGGGAGCUGCCAGGACGAACCUGCUGCUGUUUGGGGGAGGUGUGUGGAGGUUUCAACUUACGGGCAGCCUGGACUGUGGUGGUGCUCAGCCUGUACGCGGGGCGGAUGGAGGCGGCGGUGAGCCUGCCGCAGGAAGCCAGGCAGUUGAGGCGGCAGUUUUGCAACAACACGUGUGCGCCCGUGGAGCCGUUUGUUAGGCAUCAGGUGGAGCGUUGGUGGGGCCGAGAUAAGAACAUCACGGCCAAGCUGCUUAAGCUGCUCUAUGCUGAUUGCAUGGUUACCGGGUGCGACGGGUCGGUUCUUCUGGACGGGCCCCACACAGAGAAAAAAGCUCCACAGAACGCGGGUUUGGAUGGUUUUGUACUGAUAGACAAGAUAAAGAAGGUGCUUGAAGAUCCAUGUCCUAAAACAGUAUCUUGUGCUGACAUUCUUUACUCUCGCUGCUCGAGAUGCUCUUCACUUGGCAGGUGCCCAUCUUACCCAGUGCUGCUGGGAAGAAGAGAUGGAAUGGACUCAAAAGCAUCCUCGGUCGAUCUCCCAUUGCCUUCAAUUUCUUCGACACAAGGCUUGGCUUACUUCCAAUCCAAGGGCUUUGAUUCACAAGAUUAUGCUACACUUCUAGGUCAAAAUCUCUAA